AUGGCAGCAAAAGCAAAACAAAUGGACAUAAUAGUUGGCUCCAUAGCCAUAUUCACCUUUCUCCUCUCCCUUCCAAUUCUCGCUUCAGUGAUAUGGCUAUUGUACAUGCGCGACUAUGAUUGCGAGGAACUCCUGAGGCUUCCGAAGGUUCAGGUUGGGAUUGGGAUUGCCUUAAUAUGUGCAUUCCUUAUAAGCAAUGCUGCUGUGCUCCUGAGGUCACGAAUCCCCGCACUAGGAUUCCUUCUAGCAAUGGUCAUGUUGAUCAUGAUGUUCACAGCGGGUCUUGCCCUUUUAGGAGUUUACAAGAUGGCAAGCCGAAAGGUGUUAGCUUCACCGGCAUGGCUCAGAGCGAAAGUCUACGAUGAUCGUCAUUGGAAUAACAUUAAAUCAUGCAUUUAUGACACAGGAGCAUGUAAUGAUCUCAUAAAAAGAAUGUCAACCGUGAAGUCAUAUGACUUCAAUAUGAAAAAACUAUCCUCCAUAGAGUCGGGAUGUUGCCGACCUCCAGCAAUAUGUGACAUGGACUAUGUGAAUGCCACAUUUUGGAGAAGGAAAUCAAACAUCGAGCUUCCCGUCAAUAAUUCUCAAAUUGUGCACAAUGACGAUUGCGAUGCUUGGCGGAAUGACAUGGAAUUGAUGUGCUAUAACUGCGACUCUUGUCGAGAAGGGUUCUUGAGUGCAUUGGAAACCAAGUGGUGGAAACUUGGUUUGUUCCUCGUCCUUAUGUCGCUUCUCCUCACUGUUUCUCACCUACUGUUGUUUCUUGCUUCUAUGUGGCAGCGCGUUGCAGGAUAA